AGCUCUGUCAGAAAAGAUUGUCUCAGUCCUUCCGAGGAUGAAGUGUCCACACCAGCUGGAGCCCCACCAGAUCCAGGGGAUGGAUUUUAUUCAUAUAUUUCCUGUUGUGCAGUGGCUGGUGAAACGAGCUAUAGAAACAAAAGAAGAGAUGGGUGACUAUAUCCGCUCCUACUCCAUAUCACAGUUCCAGAAAACCUAUAGUCUUCCAGAGGAUGAUGACUUCAUGAAGAGAAAAGACAAAGCCAUCAAGACAGUUGUUGACCUCUCAGAUGUUUACAAGCCUCGUCGGAAGUACAAACGCCAACAGGGAGCUGAGUUGCUGCUUGAUGAAGAAUCUCGAAUUCAUGCUACACUUUUGGAGUAUGGCAGGAGAUACGGAUUUACCCGCCAGAGCAAAACAGAGAAGGCUGAGGACAAGAAAAUGACACUUGCUGCAGGGCUGUCAGCUACAGAAAAAACAGAUGCCCAUGAGGAAGAUGAGCUUCAAGCAGCUGAAGAGCAGCGCAUUCAGUCACUGAUGAACAAGAUGACAGCCAUGGCAAAUGAGGAGAGCCGUCUCACUGCAAGCUCCGUGGGCCAGAUUGUGGGCCUCUGCUCCGCUGAGAUCAAGCAGAUUGUGUCUGAGUAUGCAGAGAAGCAGUCUGAGCUAUCAGCUGAAGAAAGUCCAGAGAAAUUAGGAGCCUCCCAGCUACAUCGUCGGAAAGUCAUUUCCUUAAACAAGCAAAUUGUGCAGAAGACCAAACAUCUGGAAGAGCUGGAAGCAAAUCAUACCAAUCUAAAAUCCAAAUACAGUGAAAUGAAGAAAACACUAACAGAGCUGAAGAGUCAGAGUGAGAAGUUGGAUAAGGAGCAGACAGCCCUUGAGAAGAUAGAAUCCAAAGCUGAUCCAAGUAUUCUGCAGAACUUGAGAGCACUUGUAGCCAUGAACGAAAAUCUGAAAAGUCAAGAACAGGAGUUUAAAGCACAUUGCCGGGAGGAGAUGGCAAGGUUGCAGCAGGAAAUUGAAAACCUGAAAGCUGAAAGAGUGCCAGGAAGAGAUGAAAAGACCCUCUCCGAUGGAGAGCUGCAUGGUGACCUGACCUCUGGUUUGACUCACAAUGAAGACCUAGACAGACGGUAUAACAUGGAGAAGGAGAAACUUUACAAGAUCCGUUUACUACAGGCUCGAAGAAAUCGAGAAAUAGCAAUUUUGCAUCGCAAGAUUGAUGAAGUGCCCAGCCGAGCCGAGCUAAUACAGUAUCAGAAGAGAUUUAUUGAACUCUACCGCCAGAUUUCAGCAGUACACAAAGAAACCAAGCAGUUCUUCACUUUGUACAAUACCCUGGACGAUAAAAAGGUUUAUUUGGAAAAAGAGAUUAGCCUACUUAAUUCAAUUCAUGAGAACUUCUCACAAGCCAUGGCCUCCCCUGCUGCCCGGGACCAGUUUUUACGGCAGAUGGAACAGAUCGUGGAAGGAAUUAAGCAAAGCAGGAUGAAGAUGGAAAAGAAGAAACAAGAGAACAAAAUGAGAAGAGACCAGUUGAAUGACCAGUACUUGGAACUGUUAGAAAAGCAGAGGCUAUACUUUAAAACUGUGAAAGAGUUCAAAGAG